AUGCUAAGGUCAAAAAUAAUCGUCUUUAACAGGUUUCUAGAAGAAGAUAGACCGUUUGUUAAGAAGAACUGGCGUUUCUUCUACAUAGUCCCAGCUGUGUUGGUACACCUCAUCUCUUUAACUACCCACAUGGGAGUUUUGAUAUCAAAAAAGCAAGUAAUCAAUGUCGCUCACAUGUUGCCACCGUUCUUGGUCUCCAUACACGCAACUCUAAAAGCUUUAGUCAUUAUACCCAAGACGGCAGAAAUAUCUACAAUUAUGAAAGAUCUCGGCGCUCUAUGGAGGACGAAUUACACUGACAAACAAACCAAAGAGAAGAAUAGAUUACUUAAAAGACUUAACUUCUGUAACAAGGCUAACUUCUGGGUGGCAAUGGUUGGUACUGCUCAAUAUUUGAUUUCGCCGAUGUUGGAAAUUUUAAUCCGGAGAUUUAUUCUACAACAACCCUGUGAACUGUUGCUGCCAGUCCCUGCUAGUCACCCGUUCGACCUUAACCACAACUGGUUCGUUUAUACAGCAGUAUACUUCUUCCAAUCUUACACAAUGUUCCUGUUAGUUUAUGUAUACAAUGGAUCGGAACUGAUACUAAUAACCUUAUGUGGGCUCCUUGCCAAUGAAUUUGUGAUGCUAAAACAUGACUUGUCCCGUACAACUCCUACGCCAAAUACGAUAAAUGAGAAUGGAAUUGGAAUUGAAGAGUUUAUUAAGAAACAUCAAAAAUUAAUCAGGCUAUCUCGACAGUUGGAUAACGUGUUCAACCGAAUGAUAUUCAUAGAGCUAUUGUUUGUUGGAAUAACAAGUUGCGCUUUUAGAUUUGCUGGCGAAUUUGCACGCGGACUUAUUUACACACUGAGCAACUACGUAGCAGUAACAAUUUUGCUCGUAACUGUAUUCUACGUGUGUUACUACGGUGAACUGCUCACGAGCGCGAGUGUGCAUUUGGGCAAUGUAGCUUACCAGAACCUGUGGUACGAAGGUAGUAAGGAAUAUAAACAAGCAAUACGGCUUAUUAUUAAAAGAUCACAGACACCUUGUGGAUUGACGUCUCUUAAAUACGCUGCAGUAUCGUUAAACACUUUUACUAAGGUAGUGAGCACCACUUGGUCCUACUUCUCUCUGAUGAACAGCGUAUACACCGUCGCUGAACAAUAA